UUGAAAAGGAGACCAAAGAUACAACUCUUCCAAUUGUCGAAUAAGUAGUGUCGGAUUCACAUCAAGAAAGCGAUACCUCUUCGCGAGAAGGUUCGUUCCGGCGACCAUCCGUAGUUUGGCCAGGGCUUUUAAUUGUCUCCCAGCAACACUUCAUCAACCCCACGUGGAGAAUCUCCACUUUAGAUUACCCUGUCCGAUCUGAUGGAUCAGAAACAACCGGUGCCAGCAUCCAUGCCUUCUACCCUAGGUUUUGAAUCCGCUUUUAGCAGCAGAAUAGGUUCUGACUGCGGAGGAACUCCUCCUUUACAAAAUACUUCGACUUUGGCAACGCCAGGAUUAGGGCCAUGGAGGCCAUGGUUCCUGGUGAAAGAAGACCCAAAACCAUAUACCAAGGAGAAAGACCAAUCAGAUGAUGCGUCCGCAGAAGCGAAAAAGAAUCUGAGUCCUGACAACGUCAAAGAACCCGAAAAGUCUACCAAAGAGGUGCCACCCAUGUCAAGCGAGGAGAGCUCCGUGAUCGGUGCCGCCACAGAAUCAGAGUCCCAAGUGGCCAGCCGCAAUGAGAACUUGACAGCCACCUUGGCGUCGAUUAAGGUGCCGGUGCUUCAAGCGAAAGCUGAAACGGACAAAAUGUCGGUGGAGCUGAAGGACAAACAAGAGGCCAUAGAGUCCUUCACAUGGCUGCUCGUGAACUGUAAUGUGCCCUCGAACGCCAGCUGGGAACAGUGUGUAAAGAUCAUUUCAAAGGAUCCGCGUUAUGUGAAGUUUAAGUAUCUCAACGGACGCAAGCAAAUCUUCAAUGAUUAUAAAAUGCGACAGCGGGGCGAGGAGCUGGUGCAGUUCCUCAUGUCCAAGAUAAACUCGCGGUUUGAGUACUUUCGCUGCGACGCGUUGUUUGGCGAUACUGAAACAUGGUCAGCGGUGCCCGAACCGAAACGGAGGGAUAUAUACGAAAGUUGCAUAUUUCAUCUAGCCAAAAGGGAAAAGGAAGAGGCGCGGAUCAUUCAACAGAUACUCAAGGAAAAAUCCUAUGUGGUCCAGCCGAGUACAUCUUACGAUGACUUUGCCAAGAUUGUGUUUGCGCGUAAGCGAUCGUCUGGCCUGGAUGCGAACAAUGUGAGGCUCAUCUACGAUUCUCUGCUGGAGAAGGCAAAGGUGGAUAAGAGUGAGCGGAUAAAGGAAGUUCGACGGUUGCGGAAGUUUGAGUAUGAGAUCAAGGACAAGUGGCUAAAGGCCGACGUCUCAGUGGACGGUUCCUAUAAUAAGGCCAAGAAAAUUGUGGAACAUAUGAAAGCGUAUGACGUGUACGAAAAGGAAAUCGGAGUGCAGAAGAUCUGGCAGGACUUUAUCAAGGAAAGCGAAGAUGCAGUGAUGCAGAAGUUUAGCCACCACUUCUUACGGCCGCGUGAAUCGAAUAAGAACAAGAAGGACGAAAAUCAAGAGGGUUCUACUUCGAGAUCAGAUAUUGAAAAGGAGCCGGUAAAAGAUGAGAAGUCCAAGCGAAAAAGUGAAAAGUCACAAUCUGAUAGUAGUACGCCGGCAAGAAUUAAAGAAAUCCCACAGAAUGAUUCCAACUCAAAUUCACCGCCUAAGAAACAUAAGAAGACUAUAAACUCAAUGAGUGGCAGUAAGACUACUGCAGAGUGACUCCAAACUCACAGUCAGUCUAUAUUCUAAUAAGUAAUAAGGAAGUACAUAAAGGUUAUCGUCGGCUUAAAAAGUAUAUAAAAAACAAAGUGUUGGAAGGAAAUAGAAAAUUGCAGCUGAAAUUAAUUAUUUUCAAAAGUUAUGUUAAGACGUGAUGUUUGCAAAAAAAAAGAAAAUAUUAAUCCUAGAAUGCCGACAAAAAUUUACAUUACCUAAAGCUAGGCAAAACGAAAUCCAAACAAGACGACGGGCCAACUAGUGCCGCCAUCAUCUUCAUCUGCUGCCAGCGAACUGAACAAUGCAAACGAGAUUGCAUAAUGGACCCCCCGGCCUAAUGAGCUCCCGGUUUCGAGCUCUCAGCUCUGACAUCGUGCUACAAUGCAACAAAUCAUGUGUCUGGCUCAGAAUUUUUGUCGCACAAUUUGGCCAACAACACAUCAACGAACCGCAGUCGAAACAAUAACAGACUGUCUGCUUUGGUUAAGACUCCCCGAAAAUUUGGGUUCGCUUGCGGAUGACAAUGGCGCCAGCGUUAAAUAAAAUCCAUCCUAAGAAGGUACCACACUUUUUUGUUUAUUUUUCACACGUGCAACGCAAUGCAGCGCUUAGUAAAGCAACGUGUAUACGCGAAAGUGGGUAUUUGCAAGUAAAAUACAUAAAUCUGAAUGCUGUACAAAAUGAAAAUAGGUUUGAGGUCUGC